CAGUCGUCAGUCAUUCGCUCAACCACCUUAAACUCGCUCUCGAGUGCGCGCACCCGAGCGCUGCCAGAGGAGCUGUCGGCAGUGAGAUCAUGUGAGCGUCCAUACUUGGAGAAAGUAGGUUAGCAGGGUAGACUGAGCGGAGAGCCACAGCACUGAGGGGGGAGCCGGAUCCCUGCUGCACUACCGUGGGACUAAUCUGUCCAAAAGUUCGGCCGAAAACAGGCUCGACGCCAGUGCGCGCGGUGAAAGUGCGACAUGCAGCCACUUUGAACUUGGCCGAGCUGUAAAACAGAAGACUUUGGGAUAUUUCUUUUAUUUAUUUAUUUAUUUAUUUUUUGGUCGUGCUGAAGAAGAGCUGCCUGCAAACCGGUGCGAAAUUAAUCUUUUUUUAAGAUCCAGUUUAACUCUGGCUCCGGCGCGUUUUUCUGGUCCUCUCUCGGUGGCCACAUGUAGGAGAGUUUUCACCCUCCAGCCUCAAAAACGACCCAUCAAAAUGAGAGCCCAGAUUGAGGUCAUCCCCUGUAAGAUCUGCGGGGACAAGUCCUCAGGAAUUCACUAUGGAGUCAUCACCUGUGAAGGCUGCAAGGGUUUCUUCCGUCGCAGUCAGCAGAACAAUGCCAUGUAUUCUUGUUCCCGCCAGAGGAACUGUCUGAUCGACAGAACGAACCGUAACCGCUGCCAGCACUGCCGCCUGCAGAAAUGUCUGGCUUUAGGCAUGAGCCGAGACGCUGUGAAGUUUGGCCGCAUGUCCAAGAAGCAGCGAGACAGCCUGUAUGCUGAGGUGCAAAAGCACCAGAAGACCCAGGAGCGUGUGGGUUCUGGCGGUGGGGCCUCUACUGCUCUGUCCUUACAAAGAGACGAUGGUGUGUGCGGUAGCGGUGUGGAGGAUGGAGACGAGGGACUGAGCCGGUCCUACAGCAGCGGUGGUUCCAGCGACACCCUCAGCGAUUUGGAUGACAUUGCAGCACUGCCCGACCUGUUCGACCUGCCGCUGACCCCUGAGGAGGCCAGCGAGUAUUGCAGCCUGGAGCUGCUUGGAGGUGGUGGAGGAGCCAGCACUGACAACACCUCCGCCUCAUCAUCCUCUUCUUCUUCAUCAUCUUCACCCAAUCAGAAUUCCCCACAGCAGACUAUGCUGGACUCAACAGACAGUAGCAUCCAGCUCCUGUAUACUCACACACAUCCACUGCUGGGACACACACUUGCACUGUUCGACCUGCCUGAUGAUUGUUCAAGGACAGAACUUGAGCGCAUCACUCAGAGUGUGGUGAAGUCUCAUCUGGAGACGUGUCAGUACAGUGCUGAAGACAUGAAGAGGUUCACCUGGGUGCAGUACACACCUGAGGAAACACGUGUUUUUCAGAACAAGUCGGCUGAGUGGAUGUGGCAGCAGUGUGCGUACCAUAUCACCAACGCCAUCCAGUAUGUGGUGGAGUUUGCCAAACGGAUCACUGGCUUCAUGGAGCUGUGUCAGAAUGAUCAGAUUAUACUGCUGAAAGCAGGCUGUCUGGAAGUCCUGCUCAUACGUAUGUGCAGAGCAUUUAACGUCAACAACAGCACCAUUUUCUUCAAUGGAAAAUUUGCCUCUGCCCCGCUCUUCAAAGCACUUGGUUGUGAUGACUUGGUCAGUGCAGUGUUCGACCUGGGCAAAGGACUCUGCCACUUACAGCUCUCUGACGAAGAGAUGGCGCUGUUCAGUGCUGCUGUCCUUUUAUCCCCUGAUCGAACCUGGCUGACGGACAGCCACAGAGUUCAGAAACUCCAGGAGAAAGUCUACCUGUCUCUGUAUCACAGCCUACAUAAGAGUGGUGCUUCUGACGAGAAACUGGACAAGAUGGUGUCAAAGCUGCCCAUAAUGAAAUCUAUCUGCAACCUUCACAUUGAUAAACUGGAAUUCUUCCGUUUGGUCCACCCAGAGACCGCCUAUAGCUUCCCACCAUUGUACCGGGAAGUGUUUGGCAGUGAGAUGUGUCUGCCGGACUCCACCAACAGCUAGACAGAAAGAUAGAGAAGUAGAAAGAUGGAGAGAGUUUAUAAAGGAGGUAGGGGAGAAAGCGGAAACACAGGGUGAGAUAUAAACCAGCAGUUACUGUAACAGACAAUCCAAGACUUCAGAUACUCUGCCUCCCACAAUCCCAAAGUAGUCCUCCACCUUACCAGCAGACAUAGCACCUUACACGACUGCCCACACAUAAUCCUCUGCAUAUUGUAGCAUUAUCAAGCUGCUGGGCCUUGAACUGAUUCAGCAGCCUGCUUAGAAUGAGACGGCUCCAAGCUGUAACAAUUGUUUCACAUCAGAUCCGCUGUGGAUCAUCCAACUAGAUAUGAAUGUACCUCAUCAAAAAGCACUAAUGCACAAGCCUGAACACUAGAGCGAAUGUACAGCCCUGAAACACAGUUUUACACACUAGUAUUGAAAGAAAGUCAGCCAGCCCAACAGUUCUCAUACCUG